AAAUCAAGAAACCAAAAAUGAAAAGGCCCCUUUUCCCUAGAUUCCCUCUGUUCCUCCCAAUUUCUACUCCAAAAUGGAGAAAAUCGCUGUUUCUACUCAUUUGUGCCCGAGCCUUAAGCCUUUCAAUUCUAAUUUAAGUUCAGAUGUAGUGUUUUCCUUGCCCUGCCUCACUUCUGUAUUCCCAAAUCAACGCAGAAGGAUAUUGGUCACAAGUGCUUCCAUUGCUGUAGAACAGGAGACCCAAACUAAGCUUGCUCUCAUAAGAAUAGGCACACGGGGAAGUCCCCUAGCCCUUGCCCAAGCUUAUGAGACUCGAGAGAAGCUGAUAGCCUCAGAUCCUGGCCUUGCUGAAGAGGGAGCCAUUGAAAUUGUAAUAAUAAAAACCACAGGUGAUAAAAUAUUAAGUCAGCCUCUUGCAGACAUUGGUGGGAAAGGCUUAUUCACAAAAGAGAUAGAUGAAGCCCUCAUCAAUGGGGAAAUUGAUAUUGCUGUCCACUCGAUGAAAGAUGUGCCUACAUAUCUACCAGACAAAACAAUUUUGCCCUGCAAUCUUCCACGUGAAGAUGUACGGGAUGUAUUUAUUUCUUUGACUGCUGGUUCACUGGCACAACUUCCAUCUGGAAGCACAGUGGGUACUGCAUCACUAAGGAGAAAGUCACAGAUUCUUCACCGGUAUCCAUCACUCAAUGUGCUGGAGAAUUUCAGAGGCAAUGUUCAGACAAGGUUAAGAAAGCUGAAUGAGGGGGUAGUCCAAGCUACAUUAUUGGCACUGGCAGGGCUAAAACGCCUAGAUAUGACAGAAAAUGUCACUUCCAUUCUUCCUAUAGAGGAUAUGCUACCGGCAGUUGCUCAGGGAGCCAUUGGUAUUGCAUGCAGAAGUGAUGAUGAGACAAUGGCCAAUUACAUCGCGUUACUAAAUCAUGAGGAAACCAGAUUAGCAGUUGCAUGUGAGAGAGCUUUUCUGAAGACCUUGGAUGGGUCUUGCCGCACCCCAAUUGCUGGAUAUGCCUGUCGAGGCGAAGAUGGAGACUGUAUUUUCAAAGGAUUGGUUGCCUCCCCUGAUGGAACUCGAGUUCUUGAAACCUCAAGAAAAGGCCCAUAUACUUUUGAAGACAUGACACUGAUGGGUGAGGAUGCUGGCAAGGAACUACUCUCACGGGCUGGUCCGGGAUUUUUUGGCAACUAAGUAGUUUGGCAAUGGCAAUAACUGAUUACACUGCAGGCGGAGAGAUCAAAGUUUGUAUUCCACUCCUAGUUUAGGAUUAUGAGUUCAUUUAUUGUUCUGUAACUGUAGCGGGAAGUAGAAUUGGAAUAGUUUGUAUACUAGUGUAUCAUUUUCACAUCAUUUUGUAAGUGCUUAUAAGAAUUCAUCAUUCUUCAAGGAUAUCCAAUAUUCCAAGUGAAUGGUUUGCGAUUGAUGAA